GGCAGUCAGCGCAGCUUGCGCGAGGCUCCGAGGAAAGGGCCGAACGCUGGGAACAAUUAAAGAGAUUCAAUUGAAUUCAACAAUUUAGGAGAUUACAACUAACUACCAGUAAACCUCACUCCAGUGUAAUGACAUAACCAUGGAAGCCGAACAAUGUUCGCAACUUGAAGCUGAAUUGUAUUACCUGAUUGCCAGAUUUCUCCAGUCGGGACCGUGCAAAAAAUCUGCAAGGAUCCUGGUGGAGGAACUGGAAGAGUAUGAGUUGAUCCCGAAACGGUGGAGUUGGGAUGGGAAACAAUAUAAGCGAAACUUCGAUGACUGGGUGGCGCUGAACCAGCAUAUCCCUGCAGAUUACCUGCUGCGUGUGUGUAAACAGGUGGGACCACUGAUUGACCAGCAUGUUCCACCAAGUGUUCCUGGGGUCUGUACCCUACUGGGCACUGGAAAACAGUCUCUUCUCCGCACAGCAAAGGGUUGCAACACGGUAUGGAGCAGUUCCACAGUGGCAGCGCUACACAGGGGACGCCCACCAGAACCUCCAGUCAGUGCGGAGAGGCCACCCAACUUCGCAUCUAUCAUGGGUGCCCGACAGACUGCAGGCGUCGCUCGUUUUGGGCACGCCCUCCCUUCCUCCACCUAUCAACACAUGAAGAUGCACCGGCGAAUCCUGGGGCACCUCUCCUCGGUUUAUUGUGUGGCAUUUGACCGCACGGGACGACGCAUCUUCACGGGUUCCGACGACUGCCUAGUGAAGAUAUGGGGGACAGACGACGGCCGUCUCCUGGCAACUCUCCGCGGUCACGCGGCAGAAAUUUCGGACAUGACUGUCAACUAUGAGAACACGCUCAUCGCCUCGGCCAGCUGCGACAAAGUGAUCCGCGUGUGGUGCCUGAGGACCUGUGCACCCAUCACCGUCCUCCAGGGCCACGCCGCCUCCAUCACAUCCAUACAGUUCUCUCCAGGUACCACAGGCUCUGCUCGAGUGCUGGCUUCCACCGGGGCAGACGGCAUGGUGUGCUUCUGGCAGUGGAACGCCCUCACCACCAAGUUCAAUGACCGUCCAGUGAAGUUUGUUGAGCGUUCACGCCCCGGAGUCCAGAUCUCCUGCUGCUCCUUCAGUUGUGGUGGGAUGUUCCUGGCCACAGGAAGCACAGACCAUGUGAUCAGAGUGUACUACUUGGGCGCCGAGACACCCAUGAAGCUCUCCGAGCUAGACGCUCACGUGGAUAAAGUGUUGGCCGUGCAGUUCUGCAACAACAGCGAUGGUCUUAGGUUUGUGAGUGGGAGUCGCGAUGGCACGGCACGGAUCUGGCACUUCCAGCAGCAGGAGUGGAAAAGCGUCUGUCUGGACAUGAGCGCCCGUCUGCCGGGGAGUGCCGUGGUGUCGGGAGAGGACAAGUCCACCAAACUGGUCGUUACCAUGGUUGCGUGGGACCGCAGUGACCGCAUGGUUAUCACUGCUGUUUCUAACUGCCUGCUGAAAGUAUGGAGCUCUACCAGUGGCCAACUGCUUCAUGUGUUAUCAGGUCAUGAUGAUGAAGUGUUUGUGCUGGAGGCCCACCCGUUUGAUUGGCGGAUCAUGCUCUCGGCAGGGCACGAUGGGAACAUUUACGUCUGGGACCUCAGCAGAGGAACUAAGAUCCGAAACUUCUUUAACAUGAUCGAGGGACAAGGCCAUGGUGCCGUCUUUGACUGCAAGUUCUCGGCUGAUGGUCAACACUUUGCCUGCACAGACUCUCACGGCCACGUCCUCAUAUUUGGUUUUGGAUGCAGUAGGCUUUACGAGAAGAUUCCUGACCAGAUGUUUUAUCACACGGAUUUCCGCCCGCUGAUCCGGGACGCCAAUAACUACGUGCUGGACGAGCAGACCCAGCAGGCCCCCCACCUCAUGCCCCCACCCUUCCUAGUGGAUGUGGACGGGAACCCCCACCCGCCCAUCUUCCAGCGGCUGGUCCCGGGCAGAGAGAACUGCAAAGAGGAGCAGCUCGUCCCCCAGCUGGGCUACAUGGCUAAUGGUGACGGGGAGGUGGUUGAGCAGGUGAUUGGCCAGCAGACGUCGGAGGAGGAGGAACCGGAGGAGAGCCCGCUGGACGACCUCAUCAGGCAGCUGCAGCAUCAGCAGGACCAGCGAAACGUCCCAGCAGAUCGGCAAGCAGGUGAAGGUGCAGCUGCUGAGGGUGAAGGGGCCGACCUCCUUUCUCCGCCCAACGUGGGCCUCCGGCGGAGCGGCCAGGUGGAAGGGGUGCGGCAGAUGCACAACAACGCCCCCCGCAGCCAGAUGGCCACCGAGCGAGACCUGCUGGCCUGGAGCCGCAGGGUGGUGGUCAACGAAGUCCCAGCCAGCAUGUUGAGAGUGAUGGAACAGAGUCGACAGGCCAAAGGCGAGUCCGAGCGCUCGUUAUACAACACGGAGAAGAGGAGGAAACCUGUGCAAAGUGCCACACGAGCCGAGCCGGAGUUCAUGUCGUUGCGCUCCAUGCGGCGGACGCAGCGCAAGAAGCAGCAGCAGCAGCGCCACUCCUACCACACGCGCUCGGCCCGCGAGCGCCGCGCUCUACGCCGCAGCGGCAGCCUCCGCUCGCAGCACGGCUCCGACUCGGACAGCGAGGCAGAGCGGGAGGAAGAGGAGCAGGCGGAUGCCAGCGACGCCUCCUCAGACGGAGAGGCUCAGUGGCAGAGCGACAGCAGCUCCAGUGACUCGUCAAGCGAGUACUCGGAUUGGACUGCCGACGCAGGCAUCAACCUUCAGCCUCCGAAGCGGUCCACCAGGCGUCUCGUCCGAGCCCCGGCCAGCAGCAGCUCUGAGAACGAGGGAGAGACCCAGGCUGAGGGGGAAGAGGAGGAGAAGAGGAAAAAGAAAGAGGCAGAAAAGAAGAAGAAACCAAAAGAACCUAAAAAGCCCGGGUCGGGCAGUACAUCUGCUGAGUGGACCCCUCCUUCGUGGGUCACCGACACCACAGCCCGCCGACUGCCCUUCGUGCCUCAGAUGGGGGAUGAGCUUAUCUACUUCCGCCAAGGUCAUGAAGCGUACGUACGCGCAGUGCGUAGGGCCAAAGCCUACAAUAUCAAUCGUCUGAAACAGCCCUGGAAUAAACUGGAUCUCAGGGAUCAAGAGUCGGUGAAGGUGAUUGGUAUAAAGUAUGAGGUGGGACCGCCCACCCUCUGCUGCCUCAAACUGGCCUUCCUAGACCCACUCUCAGGGAAGAUGACUAAUGAGUCCUUCAUUUUAAAGUAUCAUGACAUGCCUGAUGUCAUCGACUUUUUGGUGCUGCAGCAGUUUUACAACGAGGCAAAAGAACGCAACUGGCAACCUGAUUCAAGAUUCAGGAGCAUAAUCGAUGACGCAUGGUGGUUCGGAUCAGUGGAAAGCCAGCAGCCGCUCGAACCAGAAUAUCCUGAUAGUCUCUUCCAGUGCUACAAUAUUAGGUGGGACAAUGGAGAGACAGAGAAAAUGAGUCCGUGGGAUCUGGAGCCGAUACCUGAAGAAGCGGAGCUCCCAGAAGAGUUCGGAGCUUGUGUCCAGGUGUCGGAGGCCGAGUUCCAGUCGCUCCUGUACAAACCCCAGGAGGGCGAGUGGGGGGCGCAGACGCGGGACGAGGACUGCGAGCGAGUGGUCCAGGCCAUCGAUCAGCUGCUCUCUCUGGAUGUGGCGAAGGAGUUUAAGAGUCCUGUGGAUCUGAGGGAUUAUCCCCUCUACUGCUCUGUGGUGGCCUACCCCACUGACCUCGGCACUGUCCGACAGCGCCUCAGGAACCGCUUCUACAGGAGAAUUUCUGCUCUCAUGUGGGAGGUGCGUUACAUCGAGCACAACGCCCGAAUCUUCAACGAGCCACAGAGUCCCAUCGUCUCCGCCGCCAAGAUCGUUACUGAUGUGCUGCUGCGCUUCAUCAGCGAUCAGAGCUGUGUGGACAUAGUGGACCUUCACCACAGGAUGAAGAUGGAGCUGAGCAGUGUUGAAGAGGAGAAUGAUGUUGACUCCGACACCCCAGGGACAUCCACUGGUCAACAACAGGGCGGGUCCGGGGCUCAGAAGCGAGGGGUCGCGUUGGACAUCAGUGCGUGGAGGAACCAGUGUAAGGAUCUCCUGCGCAGGAUGAUUGACAGCCCCGACUCGGAGCCGUUCCGACAGCCCGUCGACCUCUUUGAGUAUCCAGAUUAUCGAGAUAUCAUUGACACUCCAAUGGAUUUGGGGACUGUGUCAGAGACAUUAGCUGUAGGGAAUUAUGAAAAUCCCUCAGAGUUUGCCAAAGACAUCCGUCUGAUUUUCAGUAAUUCAAAGGCGUACACUCCAAACAAAAAGUCGAGGAUUUUCAGUAUGACUCUGAGUCUGUCGGCAUUCUUCGAGAGGCAGAUCAUCUCCAUAAUCUCAGAUUAUAAAUCUGCUGUACAAAACCAACGGAGAAAUCGUCAGAGAAUGAACUACAGCAAGCGGUUACAGGAAUCGCCACCAGUCAGUCCCAAAGGGAAAAACAAGUCAUCAGGGAAGAAACCAAAAACCCAGCAGCGAUCCAGGAGUCGCACACGCACAGUUUCACAAGCCUCAGAAUCCAAUGACAUUUCUGUGGAUGAAGACGGCCAGGCCUCGUCUUCGUCUUCCUCCUCAUCCUCCUCCUCAUCUUCCUCAGGACAACCAGGGGCCAACAGAUUAAUGCGCAGCCGAGGGCUACCUGCCAAAAACUCUGAACUUUGUAAUGGGCCAACUGUCAACGGCAGCCGGCAGUCGCACAGGAGAGGCACUUUGCGCACAAUCACAAAACAAAUGCCUGCAUCUGGCAGUUCAUCUUCAUCCUCCUCAUCGUCGUCGUCGUCCUCCUCUUCCUCGUCUUCCUCCUCUUCUUCCUCGUCAGAGAGCGAAGAGAGUGACGUGGAGGUGGGGCAGUUUCCCGAUGGCGGCGACCACGAUUACAGUAAAGCGCCACGCCUUUCCCAUAGAGACAAGGGCAAGGUUGCCGCCGUCACAAAGAGAAAACUGAUAAGCCACGAAACGAUGGCACAGGUGAAAAGACUGCGGCGGGAUGAGGAGGUUGAGCAGCCAGUGGAGGAGGAGGAGGAGGAGGAAGAAGACAAGGAGGUUGAGGAGGACUCCGAGCAGGAGCUGGAAGAGGAAGAGGAGGAGCCAGAGGAUGAUGAAGUGGAGAAGGAAGAGGAGGAAGAGGAGGAGGAGGAGGAGGAGGAAGACGAGGAGGGGCAGAGUGGAGCAGCCUUGCCACAGACGGCCGCUGGACAGAGAUCAAGCCAGCGAACAGGGAAGUCGGCCCGGGUCAACACGCGCAACCAGGGCCGACGGACUGUCCUGUACAACGACGAGUCCGAGGAGGAGGGGAACGCCGCAGACCCGCUCAACCUGGGCAGGUCGCGGUCGGGUCGGGUGCGACGCAUGACUGAGAAAGCCCGGGUCAGCCACCUCAUGGGCUGGUCACACUGACCCCCCCCCCACACACACACACACACACACACACACACACACACACACACACACACACACACACUCACUCACCCAGCCCUCCUCUCAGACUCACUAAUACCAAUACUGCAGGGAUUUUGACUUUUUAUCAUUUUUUAUUAUGUUUUAAAAGAUUUUGUAUAGUUUAUUUUUUUAUUGUAUUUUUUUUCUUUUUUUUUUUCUUUUUUUAAUUAUUUUGAUUUGUGUAGGAGUGUAUGUUUACGGACAGUGGUGCUUUUUGUAUCUCCAUCUUUCCGUUUCUCCCCUCCCUUUCUCUCUGUUCUUUCACACUCUUCUUUAAUACUUUCUCCCCCCCUCCAUCAUUUUCUCCUCCGCUCUGUUUGUCUGUGCGUGUCUGUGUCUUACUUCCAAGGAAACCUCUUGGUAACAAUCUUUCCAAUAAUCAGCCACCUCAGCCUUACUCUGCUCCAGGGCCUUAAAAUGAGCUCCUCCAUGUUGCAUCCCCUGUUCCUCGGCUCUUCCUCCUCUCCUCUCCUCUCCUCUCAUCGCUCCUCACCGAGACACUGACUAGCUGUGGAAACCCAACAUGGUGCUGUUCCAUUCACUCUCAGAUCAAAAACCACAGUAGCUCUCACAGUACAGUUUGGAAGCCCCCCCACCCCCCUUCAUGUGGAGAUGGUGCUGCUUUCUUCUUCCUCCUCCACUGAUCAUUCUGUUGUCCCGAUUUCUUUUUGGAAGACCCCACCCCCCCAUUUCCCUGCCCUACUGUCACCUGGGGCUUGUGUGUUGCCUAAAACCGAGGAUGGGUAGGUGAUUGUGUAAAGGGCUGCAGUCUGCUGGUUUGCGUCUGGUUUGGAGUUGUGGGCUCAUGACAAGCACUGACCCAUCUCUCUCCCUGUCUCUCUCUCUCUCUCUCUUUCCACUCCUCACACUGAAGACUGUUUUGAGACCACCACAAAAUAAUAUUUAUAUUUUUAUUACACUGUUUUAUGAUAGACGUUGCUGUCGCUUCCUAAUAGUAGUACACAUUUUGCACAUGGGUAAGAAAACAUCUGGCAGCUGAUCGGUGGAAGGUGUGGAUGGCGGCGGAUUCCAUCGGCCAGCUUCGUGCUUCCUCGAGAUUCAUCUGGUCCGCUACAGGCCAUCUGAAGAGCAAAAGACUAUUAUUAAUUAUUACAGUGAUCACCUAUAGACUGUUUAGCUCUGAGCUUUACUUUCUGCUUCCAGCAAUUUCAAGAACAAUCAUCUUUGGUGCCAACCUCCUGAACUCUGGUGUGAUUUUUUGAUCUGAAUUGUAGCCUGAUGGUAGUGUGCAGUGGGUGAAUUGGGGUAGACAUUUAUAAUACAUUUUUUUUUUUCCUUCUGCGGUCUUGAUCAAGGCCUCACACAGGAUGCACAAAAUCUGCUCCUAAGAGAAGACGAAGAGUCACGCUGGUCUAGUGUUGUAGCAAGUGUCACUUAGAGCAGAUAACGGGUUUUUUACUAAUGUCAUCUCUUUACACACGUGUCUUUUUCAUAUGUCCCUUAAAAUGUCCUACUGCUCUCCAAGCUCCUGUCUUGAUUGUUGUACGUUGCGAAUGAUUUCUUUAACUCUCAACUUUUCAUAAUACCUCCUCUUCCUCCCCUGAGGGAGGGAGACUUGGGACUCCACCAAAUGUCAAACCCAUCAACAUGGAGCACAAAUGUAUGACCAUCCAAUCAGCAUUAAUGUGACUACAAUUUGAGCCAAUUCCUCAUCUUGGUUUUCGGUCUCUCUUCAGGGACUCUUUUGUGUUAAUAGACUUGAGUGGUGGGAAAGCCACUGUUAAUAUGAUGGUGAUGUUUUAUAGAUGUAAUAAGCUCAUGUGAUUUGUCUUUUUUUUUUCUACGCAUAUUUUGGUUGUGUUUUUAUUUUGAUUAAAGUAUACAAGAAUUAACUUUA